CAUGGUCGGAGGUUUGUGUCUGUCUAGUUCUCGAAGUGGUGAAGAAACAUGGCGGACAUUGUGUUUAGACCUCGUACGCGAGCUCCCGCCCCCCUCAUUCCUUAUUGGUGGGGUUACAAAUUUGCGGAAGCAGUGUUUUGUAGUCCUCGGCCCUUCUAGCAGGCAAGCAAAGUUUUACUGAGAUGACGUCAAACGCGUCAUUUUACGUCAUUUCAGGAGAAAUUUAGAUCAGGAAAGCUAGGCUAAGGGAAGACUAUAUUAAAAUAGCGAUUUUAUAAUAAUAGAACGCCGGUCCUGAAUUGGUGAAGUAUCCCUUUAAUUAUAGGAAUCUGAAUUCUGUUCAAGUCACUUUGAAUAGAUGAUAAUAAAGCUUAUGGGUUACGUUGCAGAUCUUCUCUAUGAACCCUCGCUACAUCCUCUUCAUCCACAUGGUGCUGAACGACAUGCUGCAACUGACCGUCUCCGUGCUGCUCUUCGUCCUCAGCUACGUCUUCUUCUCGAUCAACGCGUGCAUCUGCUGCUCACUGGUGACCCUCGCCGCCCUCACCACCCAGAACACACCCCUUAACCUGGUGUGCAUGGCGACGGAGUGCUUCAUCGCUGUGUUUCUGCCACUGCGCCAUGCUCAGCUCUGCACCAUCAGGAGGACCUACACCCUGAUCGGCCUCAUCUGGUUGGUGAGCUCGGCGGCCAUCAUCCCCGAUGUCCUGAUCGCACUCGCCACCGAGCCCCUAGAGUACUUCCUCUCACGAGUGUUCUGCGUGCGGGAUAACAUCUUCCCCAAACUCAUCGAGAAGGUCCACGUCUACAACAUUGUGUUCCUCGUGCUGGUGUGGCUCAUCCUGUUCUAUGUCUACGUGAAGAUCUUGGUCGCGGCCAAAGGGGCUAACGCCGACGCCAAGAAAGCCAGGGACACCGUCCUGCUGCACGCCUUCCAGCUGCUGCUCUGCAUGCUGACCUACAUCGCUCCUGUGCUGAAGCGUAGUCUGUUCCUCUGGUUCCCCAGACACUACGCCAAUGCACUGUUCGUCUGUUACAUCGUCAUUCAGAUGUUCCCCAGGUUCCUCAGUCCAAUCGUAUACGGCCUGCGAGACAAGACCUUCAGACAGCACUUGAAGAGAAAUAUGAUGUUUAAAAAGAUCAAGACUAAGAGGGUCAAGCCUCUGCACUCCCUUAAAUAGAUCUUCAGAGCUUUGGUGGUUUGAUUUGUUUCAGUUAAAUAAAAGUGAUGAAAUUAUUGGGGCAGACGUGGUCAUUUCUAGAAAAAGGUCACAGUACUGAAAGGUACCACACUUUGUUAAAACAUUAGAAAAAUUUAAAAAAGUUUCUGUUUGAGGUUUACUGAAGAAUUAUUGGAAAGGCUGGAGGCGAGAAUGCUUUGACCAUUCAAAGUUUCACAACUUGACAUAAAUAAAGAAUUAUUUCAAGUUAUUCAAGCAAUUAUUUUUUAUCAAAAAUGAACCAUCUGUAAUGCAUCACUGGAAAAAGGUACAUGGUUAUAUUCGUAUUAUCAAGAAAGCAUACUAUUUUUUGAGGCCAUGAGCCUCCACAAU